CGCUUUCACAUUUUGGUGGUUUUUUGUUCUUUGUACACUCAAGGCAACCUCAGACAAACAAACCGAGAACGGGACAAAGGGAGUUUCCCGCCGCCAAACAACCAAAAACAACCAACAACAAAAGACGCUGGUUUUCUCAGACGCCACUACAAACCACAAUGUCUGCCGCGCUGAGCACCGCACCGCAGAUGCCGAUCUCGCCAUCCAAGUCGGACCUGGAGUACCAGCUGAAACUGCUCUGCCAGCUGCACGAAACGACCUUCCAGCAGGCGCAAAUCCAGCGCGCAAUCCACGUUUGUGCGCACCUCCAAUCGCCGACCCUCCGAUCGAUCAGCCCGCCACACAAGCCGGCUUGUCACGCACACCCCGUGUCCCCAUUGCCAAUAUCAUUGUCGUCUGCUGUCACAACGACGACCGCCAGAGUGCUUUCCUCGCCAUCGGCAGAGCCACCUUCUGCAAUCUCGCCGGCAUCCUCCAUGCCCUCAUCGCCGGCUGCAUUGCGCCGCUACCCUCGCACUCGAUCGGCACCCAUCACUGCCGGUCCCUCUUCUUCUGCAGCAGCAGUAGCCGCAGAUGCAUUUGCGGGUGGUGCCACCCUCCAAUCAAACCCAUCCAAUGCUCCAUCUGGCCAAACCACACCUUCAUCCAACCUGCCGUGCGAUCGCAUUCUCAGCCGGCUGCGCGAAGCUCAGAUUUACGCCGAAAUCGCCAUGCACUUGAAGACAUGGAGUGUCUUUGACGCGCGCAACGCGCUCACCGAAGCUGCCGACGCUUCCCUCGGCGACUUUGAGCGGGACGAGCGAUUGUGCCGUCUCAUUCACGAGCUGCGCAACACUUGCACGUCUCGCGGCUUGCCAGCAACCAUGUCCCGCUUUGUGGCACUCGACACGGAAACUGCAUCUGCCAUCGACAAGAUGGGCACUCUGUACACGCAGUGGUGGAAAUCCGCCUGGUCGACCUCGCGCGCCGACAUUCUCGAGACGCUCUUGACGGACGUGUUUGUGGCAGUGCACUCGCGGUACGCGCAUCUGAUUCGCUCGCCUCAGCACCGAUUGCAGCAGCACCACGCAGCAGCGCCCGCGCCAAUCGAGUCGAGCACGCUCAUUGUUCAACCGUCCUCGACGGUGGCGCCUGUUCGUGGUGGUGGUCAUCACCGCAAUCGUUCGUGCUCCAUGCCCGACGUCGUCGUCGAGUCCCAGCCUGUUCCUGCCAGCUCGUCCCAGCUGGCAGACACGCUUCCAUUCCACUCGGCGGCGCUCCGCUCGCUCUUUCUCGGAUGGAAGCCCGCUUCGCCAUCGGCUCCGAUUAAUGUCUCAUCUGCAAUCUCGUCCACCCCCGUCAAGGUUCCCGGACGUAUCUGCCUUGUGAUGAAAAAGCCCAUGCUGCAAGCAGCAAGUGGCCGCACUGGCGAGGUGGCAACCUCGACGUGAACAAGUCUGUUCCGCACCAAAAAAAGCACUAUUCGAAGUGUUCUGGCUAUCACCACAUAGCCGUCUCAGCGCUAGUGUCUUGGCGUCUUUGCCAUGUUAUUAAUUCAUGUUAAUACAUUGUUAUUCUUUCCUGCGGUUGAACAUAAGCAAGAAACAAAAAAUAAACCAUUGUUG